AUGGCCCCUCUGUUGUCACGAGGUUUGGAUCCACUCCUUGGAGUCUUCACCGGCAUCGUUGCGUACUAUCUGUACGAAAACAAUCCUCGCACUGCCGUUCCUCCCGACCAAAAGCUGGAUGUCCUUCUUCGCUGGAAAUUUGACAAGAUGAAGGCAGAGCGCUCGACGAAGCAAUCAGAAGAUACUGAUCUUAUAGAUUGGAAGCAACUUGCGUCUGAAGGGUCUCACUAA